CCGCACUCAAACACAGUUUGACUCAGAAACGUCACUCGCGCUCGCGUUAUUUUUAAUAUUUAUCCCACUAAAAUUAAAUUCAAACAAAAACAGACCGACUGCGAUCCCCUUGACCCUCCCCCAAUUUAAAAAAAAAGUUUCGCGAGUGCGUCGAGUUUAAAAAAAUACUAGAUCAAUAAUAAAAAACAAAUUUUCUUUAUCAUCGAUAAUUUAAUUUUUUAAUAAUAAUAAUAAUUAUUAUUAUUGUGAUUUAAUUAAAAAUAUUCUGUUCUUUUAUGGGAAUGUUUAGUGAUUUUAUUGUUAACGCAUCCUGUCAAGAGGUAGGGAUCUGGUUACUUGAAGAGAGCCAACACUGAACGUCUUCAUGAAAUAUUUAAUCAGUAUGCAACACAAGAAAAAAAUGGCGAACGUUUUAUGACCCCAUCAGAUUUUGUACGAAGUUAUCUUGGACUUUAUACAGAUGCUGACUACAAUCCAGAUUCGGUUGCGCUGCUUGCGGGGAUCGUUGACACAUCAAAAGAUGGACUCAUAUCUUUUACUGAAUUCCAAGCAUUUGAAGGGCUUCUUUGUGUCCCAGAUGCUUUAUACAAAACAGCUUUUCAAUUAUUUGACACCAAUGGAAAUGGAAUGGUUGCAUUUGAUGAGUUCGCUGAGGUAAUGAAAAAAACUGAACUCCACAGCAAAAUGCCUUUCAAUAUGGACAGUAGUUUUAUAAAGCUCUACUUCGGAAAAGAUCGUAAGCGCCUGAUAACCUACGGCGAGUUCAGUCAAUUUCUUCACGACUUUCACGAAGAAUACGCCACCGAGGCGUUCAAAAAAUUCGACAAAGACGGGGCGGGAUUUAUAUCGCUAUCAGACUUUCAGGAAAUAAUGUUGAGUAUAAAAAGCCAUCUUCUGACAAAAGAAGUUAAAGAAAAUUUAAUAGCCGCCGCUACUACUGCCCACGGCGGGCGGAAAGUCAGUUUCCCUUAUUUUAUGGCCUUCAAUUCUCUGCUGAAUAACAUGGAGCUGAUCAAGAGAAUUUAUCUAAACGCGACCAAUGGCCACAGGUACCAAGAAGUCACGAAAGAAGAAUUUUUACACUCGGCUCAGAUGAUGUCGCAGAUCACGCCAUUGGAAGUUGACAUCUUGUAUCACUUGUGCGAUUUGCUAGGCCAGUCAACUAAAAUUAUUUAUAACGAUCUGAUUGCUAUCACUCCGGAACAAUAUUUCAAACAUAUCACGAGACGAUUAGCGGAAAUAAAAGCCGUGUCUAGUCCAGACGAACGUGGAGUAGUGACUCAAAUUCUCGAAAGCGGUUACCGAUUUGUCCUGGGAUCGAUUGGUGGCGCAGUAGGAGCGACUGCAGUCUAUCCAAUAGAUUUAGUGAAGACGCGUAUGCAGAAUCAGCGCACGGGUUCAUUUAUCGGUGAGCUGAUGUACAGAAACAGUCUCGACUGCUGCAAAAAGGUAAUCAGACACGAGGGAUUUUUCGGUCUCUACCGGGGCCUGGUUCCCCAGCUGAUGGGCGUCGCUCCAGAAAAAGCCAUCAAGCUUACGGUCAACGAUUUUGUGAGAGACAAAUUCAUGGAUAAAAACGGCAACCUCGAACUUUAUGGCGAAAUUAUUUCCGGUGCAUGUGCUGGAGGGUCACAAGUUAUCUUUACAAAUCCACUGGAAAUUGUUAAAAUCAGGCUGCAAGUUGCCGGCGAAAUUGCUGGGACUCAAAAAGUUCGCGCGUGGGCUGUCGUCAAGGAACUGGGACUUUUUGGUCUUUACAAGGGAGCCAGAGCAUGUUUACUUCGUGACGUUCCAUUCAGCGCAAUAUACUUUCCAAUGUACGCCCACACUAAGACAAAGCUCGCCGACGAAGGAGGUUACAACACACCCCUGUCACUUUUGUGUGCCGGUGCAAUCGCUGGAGUUCCUGCAGCCGCUUUAGUUACUCCCGCUGACGUCAUAAAAACCCGUCUCCAGGUCGUAGCCAGAAAAGGACAGACGACUUACAGUGGACUCUUAGACUGCGCACGUAAAAUUUAUCGCGAGGAAGGUUUCAGAGCAUUUUGGAAAGGAACGACAGCUCGAGUCUUCAGAUCUUCGCCGCAAUUUGGAGUCACAUUAUUUACGUACGAGUUAUUGCAGAGGUUAUUUGUCGUCGAUUUUGGAGGCUCUCGACCAGCCGGAUCCGACUUGAAAGUCCCAUCGACUGGAGUAGCUGACGAAAUGAAAUCAAAGAACAGUGACCACAUCGGCGGGUACGAAGUGGCAGUUCCUAUUUUAUCUGGUAUCGAAACUAAAUUUGGUCUGAGCUUGCCUCGAUUCCAAGCUGCUCCACGACCAAUCGUCAAUAAAAAUAUUUAACUCAUUAAUUAAUAAUUAUUAAUUAUCAAACAAAGUAAUAUAUUUUUUUUUGCACCUAGUGCUUUCUUUCAUUCAUUUAUAAAAAUAAUAAUUAACGCCGUUACUGAGUUCGUAAUUUUUCAAAUUUAAAAAAAAAAAUUAA